GGCUUCGCCUCACUCUUUUGGAUCCCGCAGCUAUUGUCGCUGGUAAAAGAGAUCGUUCUACAGCUCUCGCUGCUCUUGAAGUGAUCCAAGGUUUCGGAUCUCUCUACUCCCCGCGGUCAAAGCUCUCGGCGACUCUCGCUACACUUACGACUCGCAACACACUCGAAGGCUAAAUCGUCAAAUCUCAAAGCUAAAUACCAGGGGCGGAACCCUCAAGGGCCGAGGAGGGCAGCGCACAAGGGGGAAGCGAGAAGAAACGGGAGCGGCAGCGUAGGAGCUACAUCUCUUGAUCGGACAUAGGGAGGGUACCAGUAUUUCUAUUUUGGGUGUUGGAAUCAUGGAUUUCGCUCCACCAAAGGAUUUUCUUGAUAAACCAGAUUUGAGGCCAUCAUUCCGCAAGCCUUCAAAUGAUUCUGCUAAUAGGAAGUAUCGUCACCAUUCACCUGUUGAUGGAUCAGAUUCUUCUUCAUCAGGAGGCAGCCCUAAGCAUGAACUGCAUACCAGUCCGGGGAAUUCCUUGGCAGAUAGGAGUAAAGUAUCUGAUGACAGGGCCAGGACGUAUCAUGGAAAGGAACCAGAGAGGGAUCCUGGUCAUAGUCGUUCUAGCAGAGGGAGUGAUUCUUACAGAUAUUCUGAUAGGCAGGCUCAUCGAAGUUCUCGUGACUACCAGCACAGUGAUGAUGGUGGAUACCACAGACAUGCUGAUGAUGAAGACAGAGCUUCUGCUCGGUAUUCUAAGUAUGGCAGAAGUGGUCGUCCUGAUUGUGCAAAUCAUAAUGACAGUUCUGAGAGGCCUAAAGAAACUAAUCGAAAUACGGAUAGAAAUGUGGAAAGAUACCACUCUAAAGAUAAAUAUGAUAAUGCUGUACAUAGAAGUAGAGGCAAGGAUAGAGAAGUGAAUGAUCCUGAUGAUAAGUAUAAUGAGAAAGGAUCUUCCAGAGCUGCCUCUGGGAGCAGGCAAAUGACUUCAAGAAGAGAUAACAAAAGGGUUGAUGAGCCUGAACGACUUAGAGAAAGGGAUGAUAGAGAUGACAGAAGAAUUCGCCACCGUAGUCCAAGUGAUUACAGAAAAGAAUAUGCAUCCACUCCUGAAGACACUAGAGGACAUGCCAAGGAUUCCUUUGUAGGAAGGGAAAGUGUCAGCUAUCGAGUGAAAGAAAGUCAGCGAAAGGAAAUUGAUGAGCAGGAUUCUCAGGUACAGAAAAGGCGAUACAAUAAUAAGGAUUCGAAAAAGUACGAAGAUAAAUGCUCUCUAGAUCCUGAUGAAAAUAGGAAGAAGGAGAGUGAUAGUUUUUCUAGGGAGGAGAGAAGUGAUUGUUAUGUUGAUAAGAACUCCAAUGCAACUGAGGAUCAAAGUUCUUCAUCAAAAAGGUUGAAGUUAGGGCAAUCAGAUAAGUUUCCACUUAGUACGGCUGAAGGAAAACCAUCAUCAAGUGCAAAGCAAGUUAAUGACGCAAAUGAGAAAUUCACUCUUGGACCAUCUGGCUCGGCCAAUAAUCAUGCUGAAGCUGCUCAGGAUCUUAAUGCCGCCAAAGUUGCUGCUAUGAAAGCUGCUGAGUUAG